CGCCGCCGCCGCCCACGUGACCCCGCCCUCCUCCUCGCGCGCGCGCGGCGCGAUGACGUCGUGAGGCGGCGCCGGCGGUCACGUGGGCGGCGGAAAGGCACGAGCGCGGCCGUGCGGGCGGGAACGGCGCUGACGUUGGCGCUGCUGACGGUGACGACGGCGCCGCUGCUGCUCUCCCUGUGCCGGCGGCUGACGGCGAUGGCGGCCGCAGGAGAUCCGUACUCAGCUGGCAGCGUCUCGGCCGCGUUCGUCACCUGUCCCAACGAGGACGUGGCCACCAGGAUGGCGCGGUGAGGGGGGGGACACAGUGGGGACAAUGGGGGUGGGGACACGGGGACACAGUGGGGACAAUGGGG